AUGUUAGAAGGGGAGUUUGAAGCGGGAAAUGGAGACACUGGCGCUGGAAAAGCAAUCACAGCGCUAGAAAUUUAUCCACAAAGGUUGAGUGAAACCCCGCAGGAGAGGAGGAUAGACAAGGAGGCCGUCGUAGCGAAUUAUGGGCUGAUAGAUUUGGGGUUCAACGGGCCGACGUUAACUUGGAAUAAUAGAAGAAAAGGCACAACAAAUGUGAGAAAAAUGCUGGAUAGAAAUAUGUGUAACUCGGAAUGGAGAAUAGAGUUCCCAGAGGCAAAUGUCAAGCACUUGGCUCGUACCCAUUUGGAUCAUCACCCAAUGUUGCUGGAUAUGCAGGGGAAGUUGUAUGCAGAAGAACCAAUAUCAGCUCAGGACAACUCGUGUUACCCCAAUGGAUUUUCAUGUAUAGACGGGAGGAAGUUACAAGCACUGGGUAGGAUUGUAACUCCAAGGGAGGUCAAGGAUGUGAUGUUCAGCAUUAAAGCCUGUAAAGCUCCAAGACCUGAUAGGAUAUAUGCAGGUUUUUAUCAUAACUUUUGGCAUCUGGUGGGGGCUAGUAUAGUGGACUUUGCCACACAAACCUUUCGAAGUAAGACAAUACCGAAAGAGAUAAAUGGCACUCUGAUUUCCCUAAUUCCAAAGGUGGCAAACCCAACGAGCAUCACUCAGUUUAGACCGAUAUCGCUCUGUAAUGUUUCUUACAAAGUGGUGACAAAGAUCUUAGUUGCAAGGAUUCGUCCUCUAAUGGCAGAGUUGAUGGCUCCGAACCAAAGUAGCUUUAUCCCAGGGAGACAUAUUAGUGACAAUGUAAUUAUUGCACAAGAGAUUAUCCACAAUAUGAGACAAAAACAAGGGAAAAAAGGUUACGUGACGGUUAAAAUUGAUUUAGAGAAAGCUUAUGAUCGUCUGAGUUGGCAUUUUUUGAAGGAAACCUUGGAGAUAGUGAACUUCCCUACGAGCCUUGUUUCUCUAAUCAUGAGCUGUGUGCAGGCAUCAAGCAUGGAAGUUUUAUGGAAUGGAGAACGCACUGCACCUUUAAUACCAGCAAGAGGGCUCCGUCAAGGGGAUCCCCUCUCACCAUAUUUGUUUGUCCUCUGCAUGGAAAGGUUGGGGCACCUGAUCAGUAGUGAGGACCAAUUGGAAGCCAUACAAGCAGUUCAAGUCUAUGGAGGAGUUGGGAAUGAGGACAGAUUAUCAUGUGGUCUGACAGCGAAUGGAGACUUUACAAUGGCAUCUGCUUAUAAGAUAAACAAGCAAGGCACUUACAUGCUACUGAGCUCUGUGACCUAUGCAAAUCGAGACCAUGCACUAAGGGGCUAUCGGUGGAUCAGUGAAGUUUGGAGCAAGUUGGUCCAUCCUCUGCAGCGGCGAACAUUUAACACUAAAUCUCUAAUUCAAUGGGUUGAUUGGAAUAUUAGGCAAAAGGACAUUGGGAGGAUGAAGGAAGUGUACUGGCCUAUGUUAUUCCAGCAAGUGGUUUACUGGGCAUGGUCUACACGGAAUGAAGUUACACAUCAAAGUGUGCUGACAAAGCCACGAGAAAUCCAGGUGAAUCAAGUGCCGAAGAUCUUACAAGGAAUGAUCAAAGAUGUUGGCUUCAGGGAUUUGGUGUAA